GAAAAAACAUUAAUAUGCAUGCUUCUAGAUUCUAAAACUGUAUUAAAUGUCACAACCGUUUUGCACAAGAAAGUUCAAGGAAAUUAAAUUUUGUUGCUGUAAAGUCUCAUUCUCAUCAUUCCCUACAUAGGCUCUUUUAUCUUAAGGUCAUGUAUUUAUACAUUCCAUAACAAGCCACCAAUAAGUUUUAUUAGAAUCAAAAUGGAAAGAGAUGAAGAUGCAAAGAAGAAGUUGCUACAUAAAGAUGAAGAAGAAGAGUUGUCAUUGAUGAAGAGGGUGUGGGAAGAGAGCAAGCUGAUGUGGGUGGUGGCAGGUCCAGCCAUAUUCACAAGAUUUUCAACUUUUGGUAUUCAGAUUAUAAGUCAAGCAUUUGUUGGUCAUAUUGGAUCUAAGGAACUUGCUGCCUAUUCUCUUGUGUUCACUGUGCUUGUUAGAUUCGUCAAUGGUAUUUUGUUAGGAAUGGCAAGUGCAUUAGCAACACUAUGUGGGCAAGCAUUUGGUGCAAAAGAUUAUGGCCAAAUGGGAGUCUACCUUCAAAGAUCAUGGAUAGUUUUAACCUUAACUACAUUCAUUCUUCUUCCAAUAUUCAUCUUCACAACUCCAAUUUUGAUUAUCUUAGGCCAAGAUGAAACCAUAUCACAAAUAGCAGGAACAGUUGGUUACUGGGCAAUUCCAAUUCUGUUUUCUUUUAUUGCCUCAUUCACUUGCCAAACAUUCCUUCAAUCACAAAGCAAGAACACAAUCAUUGCAUUCUUAGCAGCUUUUUCACUUUCUAUUCAUAUAUUACUCUCUUGGCUUUUAACAAACAAACUCAAGUUUGGACUUUCGGGUGCAAUGAUGUCAACUUGUUUGGCUUUAUGGAUUCCAAAUAUUGGUCAACUUAUAUAUAUUACAUGUGGUUGGUGUUCUACUACUUGGAAAGGUUUCACUUUUUUAGCUUUCAAAGAUCUUUGGCCUGUUAUCAAGCUUUCCCUUUCAUCUGGUAUCAUGUUAUGUUUAGAGCUAUGGUACAACACAAUACUUAUUCUUUUAACAGGCAACAUGGAAAAUGCAGAGAUUCAAAUUGAUGCUCUAUCCAUUUGUCUCAACAUCAAUGGAUGGGAAAUGAUGAUAUCACUUGGUUUCUUUGCUGCAGCAAGUGUUAGAGUAGCAAAUGAGCUUGGUAAAGGAAGUGCAAAAGGUGCAAAGUUUGCAGUGAACAUGGUAGUUCUUACAUCAUUCACAAUUGGGUUCCUUCUGUUUCUAUUUUUCUUAUUCUUUAGAGAAAAACUUGCAUAUAUUUUUACCACAAAUGAGGAUGUGGCCAAUGCUGUUGGUGAUUUGUCACCUCUAUUGGCAGUUUCAAUACUACUAAACAGUGUUCAACCUGUACUAUCAGGAGUUGCUAUUGGAGCAGGGUGGCAAAGCACUGUGGCAUAUGUGAACCUAGGAUGUUAUUACAUCAUAGGUGUUCCAGUUGGAGUUGUACUUGGCAAUGUUUUUCACUUGCAAGUCAAGGGUAUAUGGAUUGGAAUGUUGUUUGGGACACUUAUUCAAACUAUAAUACUACUCAUAAUUAGUUAUAAAACUGACUGGGAUAAACAGGUAACUAUUACUCGUAAUCAUAGGAGCAAGUGGUCUAAGGUGGAGCCUGAUCAUGAAAUAGUUUCAUCAGAUAAUUAGUGAAAUCAACAAGUUAAAGAGGCAAAGGAAAACAUUUUAAUCCAAUAGUAUGAAUUGUUCAGAAUGAAGGAAGAUGAAGACAUUGAAACCAUAUUUUUAAGGUUUCAAGUUCUUGUUUUUGGACUUCAGGUUCUGGACAAGAGAUAUACAACUGUUGAUCAUGUCAAGAAAAUUCUUAGGAGUCUUCUUGUAAAAUACAUACCAAAAGUAACUGCCAUUCAAGAAGCUAAAGAUUUAAACACUAUAAGUCUUGAAAGUCUAAUAAGCAAUCUUCAAAGUCAUGAUAUGGAGCUUAUUGGAGAUGAACCUGCCGAGAAAUCAAAGUAUCUUGCUUUGAAAUCUAUUAGUAAAUUUACCCCAUCUUUUUAAGUUUGUGAACCUAAAGAAUAUACCUAUGAAGGAGGUUCUGAAGAGGGUUUAGAUGAAGAAGAUAUGGAAUUCAUUGUCAAAAGAUUUCAAUAUUUGGCCAAGAAAAACAAACGAACCUUUGGAAGAAGUAGUGGCUUCAGAGGAUCAAGGUCCAGCGAUAAGAAAGAUGAUCAGAAGGGAUGUUUCAACUGUCAUAAGCCUGGUCACUUUAUUGCUGACUGCCUAGAGCUGCAAAAUGACAAGUCAAAUAAAUGAAGCUUUCAAAAAAACGGCUUCAGAAACAAGUUUAAAAAGAGUCUUGUGGCAACAUGGGAUCAACUUGACAAAGAAGAAUAAUCUGACAGAGGGUAAGAAGAAGCCAAUCUAGAUUUUAUGGCUUCAACAUCUUUAGGCACAUAAUCUGACUCUGGUUUUGGUUCAGAUUCUGAAAAAGAAGUUGAGGUAUUUUCUAAACUUUCUAAUUUUGAUUUAAUUACAUUAAUUCAAGACCUUAUGGAACGGUGACAAGAGAAAGGCAGACACAUGAAAAUUUUGAAAAAGCAUUUUGAACAAAAAAAAAAACAAAUGAAUUAAAAUCUCUUCAAAAUCAAUAUGAUGAUUUAGAAAGAAUUCAAAUUGUUCAUGUGUCUAAUAAAAUUCCAGAUGAGCAUGAACUUGCUCUUAAGGAAUUUAUCAUAAAUGGCUUUAACAAGACAAAACUUGCAUCCAUGAUUAUGGUGUAAAUAGGAGCAAAGGAGAAUGUCUUGGUUAUUCUCAAAAAUCUGACCAUCAAUGGUUUGGAGCUGUAGUUAAACCAAAGGAUCCUUCUUCUUCAAGUUCUGCUCUGAAAGGACUAUAUUCUUACUUUGUACCAACUGCAAAUAAGAAAAAAGUUCAGAACUAGUCAGAACCAAAAACUCAAGAGUCCAAGGUUCUAAAUAAUUCAAAACCUAGUACUUUAAAGUCAAAGGAUCUGAAGAAACCAUAAUCAAGGACUCGGAAAUCUAAGGUUCUAAACAGACUAAAGCCAAGGACUCAGAAGUCAAAGAUUCUGAACAGACCAUAACAAAGGACUCAGAAGUCAAUGAAUCUGAACAAGCCAAAACCUAAGACAGCAGAGUCUAAAGAUCUAAAAGGUUCACAACCAAUGACUAAGGUUAUUUCCAUAUCCAAAAAUAUUAAACCAAAAAUCUUAAAUAAUCCCAAGCAUUGUUUCACAAGGGCUAAGGUACAAAGUUAGAAGAAACCUUUCGAACUAACCUCAAAGGACCCAUGAAAUUAUGAGUACCUAAAUAUGAAUUGUUUUUUAUACGGAUAUGUUUAAAGGGGGAACAAAGCAGCAGUCUUGGUACCUAGACAGUGGAUGCUCGCGAAAUAUGACAAGAGAAAAGCAUGUUUCUAAACCCUAACUCUGAAAGAGGGGGAAAUGUGGGAUUUGGAGGAAACCAGAAAGGGAAGAUCAUUGGUAUGGAAACUAUUGAUAAUUCUUCUAUCUCUAUUAAUAAUGUUUGGUUAGUAGAUGAACUAAUAUAUAACCUACUUUUAGCAUAAGUCAAUUUUGUGAUAGUGGUUAUGAAGUAGUGUUUAAUAAGAACAUAUGUAUAAUCAUGAAUGAAUUUAACAAGUCCAUAGUGUUCAAAGGUAGAAAAAAAGGCAACAUUUAUAAAAUAUUGUUUUUUAAUUGCAUGAUCAGAAGGUACCUUGCCUUCAAUCAAUGAGUUGGGAAAAAUGGCUCUGGCACCGAAGGUUCGGUCAUGCUAACUGGAGGUUAAUCUCUAAGCUUAGCAAGCUAAAACUUUUUAAGGGUUUGUCAGAUCUUAAUUAUCAUAUAGAUGCUCUUUGUGGAGCAUACCAAUUAGGAAAAAUUAAUAAAACCUGUUUCAAAACUAAAAAUCAUUGUCUCUACCUCUAGACCCUUAGAACUACUUCACGUUGAUUUAUUUGGUUUAGUCAGUACAACAUCAAUCAAUGGGAAGAAGUAUGGAUUAGUCAUUGUUAAUGACUAUAGCAGAUGGACUUGGGUUAAAUUCUUAAGAACCAAAUAUGAGUCAUAUGAUGUAUUUAGCAUCUUCUGCAUACAAGUACAAAAUGAAAAAGAAUCUAAAAUUUUAAAAGUCAAAAGUGGUCAUGGAGGAGAAUUUAAAAAUGAGCCAUUUGAAAUCAUUUUUGAAAAAUAUAGAAAUCUCCAUGAAUUCUCUUCUCUUAUAACUCCUCAACAAAAUGAGGUUGUAGAGAGAAAGAACGGAUAUUUACAAGAAAUGGCCAGAACCAUGAUCCAUGAAAACAAAUUACCAAAGUACGUGUGGGCUGAAGCUGUAAUUCGGUGAGUUAUCCAGACAUGCAUGUCCUAAUAUUUGAAGCGGGAAUUUUAUUAUCUGUCACCUUUACAUGUCAGAUUAUUCUGAAGAUGCAUCUCCGGAAAAAUAAAAUAUGUAAUUGCUAAAAACAACCACGUACAUUAUUAGACCCUGUAUCUAUUUUUUCCAUAAACC